AUGGCUUCUGUUUCCUCGAGGGGCCCGACGCCUCAUUCGCCUUACGAUGUGCAGUCCGCGGCCGACACCGAAGAAUCAUGGCAGUAUCUCGACUACGCCUCGUACCCGGCCUCAGUCGGCUUCCUACCCAGCCCGGCCAGCGGCAGUCUCAACGGCUUUGCAGUCGUCGGCCACCACGCCGGCUCGGACCCGGCGGGCUUAUCCCCGCUAAAUCUCGAUCUCGACCAGCCCGCCUUCUCCGCCUCGAGCUUCCCGGACCAAGCGGAGGCGUUUGCUGCCCCGGCGCCGUCUGUUGAUAGCCAGUUCGUUCCCAGCGGCCAAGAAUCCAAUUUCUUGACACCGCAGGGCUUCCUCUUUGCAGAGGAGCAGCUGAACCUGAACGAUACAUUCCCGCAACAACAGCACGAUGGCGAUAUCGAUCUGUCACAGACCUUCUCUCCCAGUAUCAACCCGGGCCCAUGGAACCCCACGAACCUCAAGGUCGACAAUGGCAGCUCAAUGUUCUUGAUGGAGGACUUUUCCGCAACCUCGUCUCAGAGCUCCACAUCCACAAGCCCCUCUCAAUCCAACUCCAGCUCCCCAGACCUCAAACAUGAGGGCGACAGGGCAGCAUCGGCCAGCCAGAUCCGCAAGGUCAUCACCGGCAAGGUCGAGAAGAAGAAGGCCACCGAACCCGCAAACAAAUUCGUCAUUGUCACGCCCAACUCCAUCAAUGCCUCCUCGGGCCGUCCCAACCCGUGGGAGUGCUUCGAAGCCAUGAAGAUUCAAACGCGCGGUCGCAAGGGCCCUCUGGCAAACGCGACAAAGGAGAGUGCACUCCAAGUCCGCCGUUUGGGUGCCUGCUUUUGCUGCCACAGCCGCAAAGUGAAGUGUGAUUCGCAGAGGCCGUGCAAGAGCUGCAAAAAGCUCGCCGGCCAGGUGCCGCAGGUCGUCUGCUGGCAGUUUUCCGACUUCUUGACCGUGUUAUUCCCCGACUUCAUGCGCAGCCACUUCCGCAAGGAUCAAAUGUCGAAAUUCAUGGCGGAGAAUGUCGACCUCGACGCGGUGCAACUAGCGCCUCGGGAGGUUGAGCUCUUUUCUGGUCUUUCGGCAUCGCUCAAGGUUCGGGCGAGGUUCUUCAAGCCUCGGACGGAGGAAGUGCAGCAGCACUACCAUCUGCAUGUGCAAAAAGACCGGGUAGACCUGCAAGCCAGAGGCUCGGCACCUAUGGUGUUGGAAUUGGAUUCGGCAGGUCAGAGGGAGGCCUUGAGGAAGAAGGUAAAAGAGUAUCUCGCCGCCAUUGCAGCCGAGCCGAGGUUCGCAAAAUCAGUGACAGAGUCAAUACGGCACACGGAGUUGCCAAAGAAGGUGUUGGAUGUUGUGCAGAUAUACGCCAACAAGUCUGAUUCGUCAAUGGUGAAGAAGGCGUUGGCGAUCUACGGCGCCCAUUUUGUCAUGACCCGCCACCUCUGCAUCACAAGGCAAAGUGUUGUGGGCCUCCAGGACUCCGGUCUCGUCCCUCAGGAAGUACCGUGGGUGACGCCACGCGUCGUCAACAGGCAGAUCAAGGCGGUGAUUGAUGAGCUCCUGAUGAGGGACAUGCAACACCUCUUCGAAUCCUUCUCAAAGCUACUCAAGCCCAAGUCAAAACAGGAGUGGGCGCCGUGUAUGGCCUCGUUCCUGGUGCUGUGCCUGUUCAUGGAAUCGGUCGAGACAUCUGCGGAUAACUUUGUGGUGGCACUCAACGAGAUCAGCCUGCGUAACCACACGCCGCCGGAAUACAAACGUCAAGAUGCCCUGAACAUUAACGCAGCAGUCGAAAACAUGCCGUUCAAGCAGUUCGCGUACCAGUUCCACCAGAUCUACCAGACCCACAGCCGGGACACGGCGAAUAAGCCCUUCAAUCCCAUGCUCGACAACUCUUGGGCCCAGCAAGGCGACCUGGACGGACCAGCCAUAGAGAUGGUCUUGGGCCUGAAGAAUUUGAUCCAACAGAAUGGCAAGGAACUCGAAGGCUUGGCGGAUGACCCAAUUCUAUCGAGCGACCACGAGCAGCACCCGUUCCCACGAGACGUAGCGGCCAACUAUACUGGCCGGCUAGUGUCCAAGUUCUUGUUGUCUUUCAUGGACGAGAAGCACAUCUUUGGCGAGAACUGGGUUUGA